AGAAUAUAUGCGGACAAAACUGACGUUUAAACCAACUCAGUAUCAAGCUGAAACUCGUGGAAUUGUAAAUAACAUUGUAAAUAUCUCGUGAUAUUCGACAUUACAUUGCUAUGACUAUCUGUGCCUGUAGACAGUAGAAAAAAGCAGCGACAUGAUCGACCCGAGCUCUUCGGAAGAGGACAGUGAGGAUGAACACAGGAAGCAGCCCGCUAAAUUACCAGUGGUACCACCAGGAGCGCUAGCUGGAGGGCGGCCAUCAGUCAGAGGAAAACCAGAACUACCACGAGGAUCAACUGCAGGAUUACCAGGGGCGAGUCCUCUCACAACAGCUCCGCUCGCUGCUCCCCUCCACCCAGCCACCAGACAGAGGGAGGCGGCCGCCCUCGCUCCCCCACAACACGCAUCGUUCUUACGCAGGACGUCGACGGGGAGCGCGAGCUCGGGGGAAGCGCCCGCGCCCUCCCCGAGCCCCUCCGGGACGAGCCAUUCUGACAAGGACCAAGACCCACAGGAGAAAAUAGAAAAACUCGAAGAGGAUAAGAAGCGUCGCUUGCAACUUUAUGUCUUCGUAUCGCGAUGUAUCGCUCAUCCAUUCAACGCGAAGCAACCGACGGAUAUGACGCGACGACAUACGAAGCUGACACCUCACCAGCUUGAAACUAUUCAAGCUAGGUUUCAGGCUUUUCUGAAAGGCGAGACCCAGAUUCUAGCAGACGAAGCAUUCCAAAACGCAGUGCAGUCGUACUACGACGUCUUCCUCAAGUCAGAGAGAGUCGAACAGAUGGUCAAGUCUGGAGCUUGCUCUCAUCACGACUUCCGUGAAGUGUUCAGAAAUAACAUUGAGAAACGUGUCAGGUCUUUACCAGAAAUCGAUGGACUUAGUAAAGAGACAGUUUUGACAACAUGGCUCGCUAAAUUAGACUGUAUCAUGAAAGGAACUGGUAUUCCUGGAGACGAUGAAACGAAGAGGCCAUCGCGUGCACAACAACAAAGUCUAAAUGCUGAGUGUAUUCUGAGCAAAGAACAGCUCUACGACAUGUUCCAACAGAUCUUGGGGGUGAAGAAAUUCGAACAUCAAUUGUUAUUCAACGCUCUUUUAUUAGAUUCGGCGGACGAGCAAGCUGCCGCGAUAAGAAGAGAACUAGAUGGAAGAAUGCAGAAAGUUACUGAAAUGGAGAAGAAUCGCAAGUUGAUGCCCAAGUUCGUGCUGAAAGAAAUGGAGUCACUCUACAUCGAGGAACUGAAGUCAUCUAUCAAUCUGUUGAUGGCCAACUUGGAGUCGCUCCCCGUGUCGAAGGGGGGUGCUGACUCCAAAUACGGCCUACAUAAGAUCAAGCGGUAUAAUCACAGUCCAAGGUUGAGUAAGCAGCUAUGUUUCAGAUCGCAAGGAUCUCUAGCGAACAAGUUAACUGGUGAAGCAGAUGGAGGUGACGUAGAUACACAACUGACAAAAAUGGAUGUGGUUCUUACAUUCCAAAUCGAGGUCGUUGUUAUGGAAGUCAAGGGACUGAAGUCGUUAGCUCCAAACAGGAUAGUGUACUGCACUAUGGAAGUUGAAGGAGGGGACAAGUUGCAAACUGACCAAGCAGAAGCAUCAAAACCUAUGUGGGAUACACAAGGUGAUUUUAGCACUACUCAACCUUUACCAGCCGUGAAGGUCAAGCUAUAUACCGAAAAUCCAGGAGUUCUUGCUCUGGAGGAUAAAGAAUUGGGAAAAGUGGUACUCAGACCUACUCCGCUAUCGAGCAAGGCACCAGAAUGGCACCGUAUGACUGUACCAAAGAACCUACCGGACCAAGAGCUGAGAAUCAAAAUUGCGUGUCGUAUGGACAAGCCACUAAACAUGAAACACUGCGGUUACUUGCACGUAAUCGGAAAGAAUGUUUGGCGUAAGUGGAAACGACGCUACAUGGUCCUAGUACAAGUGAGCCAGUACACGUUCGCGCUCUGCUCGUACAAGGACAAGAAAUCUGAGCCAGCUGAGAUGAUGCAGCUAGACGGCUUCACUGUGGACUACAUCGAAUUGGCUAGCGCCCAGCUCAUGGUCGGACAAGAAUUGGAGGGUGCGAAGUAUUUCAUGAACGCCGUAAGGGAUGGGGAAUCUGUUUUGAUGGGGGUGAGUGAUGAGAACGAGUGUCAUCUAUGGGUUAUGGCUCUCUACCGAGCUACUGGACAGAGUCACAAGCCCACACCGCCUACCACUUCUGACACUCAUAUUAAAAUUAUGGGAGACGCCGAUAAAGCCCGUAAGCACGGCAUGGAAGACUACAUUCAAGCUGAUCCAUGUCAAUUUGAUCAUCAUCAGUUAUUUACAACGCUACAAUCUUUCACCUUGAAAUACCGUCUGCAGGACCCAUACUGUUCCUUGGGUUGGUUCUCCCCCGGUCAAGUGUUCGUGCUGGAUGAGUACUGCGCCAGAUACGGAGUCAGGGGAUGUUACCGUCAUCUCUGCUAUUUGUCUGAUCUGCUGGAUGUCGCUGAAAGUGGCCAGCAAACUGUUGACCCAACUCUGAUGCACUACUCUUUUGCCUUCUGCGCUAGUCACGUGCAUGGAAACAGGCCAGACGGAGUUGGCAGCAUCACGGUGCAAGAGAAGGAGAAGUUUGCCGAGAUCAAGGAGAGACUAAAAACGCUGCUCCAGCAUCAAAUUACUAACUUUAGAUAUGCGUUCCCGUUUGGAAGACCUGAAGGAGCUUUAAAGUCGACACUAUCGUUGUUGGAACGAGUCCUGAUGAAGGAUGUGGUGACACCUGUACCCCCUGAAGAAGUUCGCACGAUGAUUCAGACGAGUUUAGAAAAUGCAGCUCUACUUAACUACACUACACUCAGCCAGAAAGCUAAUAUUGAGGAGGACCUCCGAGGUGAAACAAUGGUGACACCAGCUAAGAAAUUGGAAGAUCUGAUACAUCUCGCAGAACUCUGCGUCGAUCUGUUGCAGCAGAAUGAAGAACAUUACGCGGAGGCUUUUGCGUGGUUUUCGGAACUUCUCGUUGAACACGCUGAAAUUUUCUGGGCGUUGUUUGCCGUGGACAUGGAUCGCGUGCUUUCGGAACAGCCGCCAGAUACUUGGGACUCGUUCCCGCUAUUCCAGAUCUUAAACGACUAUUUGAGGACUGAUGAAAAUUUGAGAAACGGUCGUUUCCACGAACAUCUGCGAGACACAUUUGCGCCUCUGGUUGUGCGGUACGUCGAUCUCAUGGAAUCAUCUAUUGCUCAAUCAUUGCACAAAGGUUUUGAGAAGGAACGUUGGGAGAUUAAAGGAAACGGUUGUUCAACGAGUGAGGAAUUGUUCUGGAAAUUAGACGCUUUGCAGUCGUUCAUCAGGGAUCUUCACUGGCCUGAGCCAGAAUUCCGAUCCCAUCUCGAGCAGCGUUUAAAGCUGAUGGCCAGUGAUAUGAUGGAAACAUGUAUUCAGAGGACAGAAGCUUCUUUUCAGGCGUGGCUAAAGAAGAGUGUAACAUUUAUGUCAACUGACUACAUCCUGCCGGCUGAGAUCUGCGCUAUGGUCAACGUGGCGCUCGACGCUAAGAACCAAGCACUGAAACUUUGUGCUGUUGAAGGUGUAGACAUCUACCAGUACCAUGCUAAAAUGGAUGCCCAGAUCGAGGCGUGCCUGCACGCGAUGUCGACGGGCAUGACGAGCCGGCUGUCCGCCGUGCUGGAGGCCACGCUCGCGAAGAUCGCGCGCUUCGACGAGGGCAGUUUAAUAGGCUCGAUUCUGACCAUUGCAAAUGUUUCGGGCUCUGGCAAAGACAUUGGCCAAGGCUAUGUCAACUUCAUGAGAAACUCCAUGGACCAAAUCAGAUCUAAGGUAACAGAUGAGCUAUGGAUCCUGCAGCUCUUCGAGCAGUGGUACAGCGGUCAGAUCGCUCUCAUCUCGACGUGGCUGAAUGAGCGUCCAGCGCUACAUCCGCAGCAAGUCGCAUGCCUUUCCAUUGUUCUCAAGAAAAUGUACAGUGAUUUCGAGCUCCAAGGCGUUAUUGAUGACAAGCUCAAUUCUAAGCAGUAUCAAGCAGUAGCAGCACGAAUGCAUACAGAGGAAGCCACAUGUAGUUUGCUACUGGCUCAGCAGGACCAAGGCGGUGACGACGGUGGAUCAGAAGAAGGCGCAAAAAGUGGAAAAUCUAAACUUGAAUCUCUCACAGAAGAUGCUAAGCUUGGAAAUGUCACCGCUGUCGUUGGAAAGGUCGGCAAUAUGUUUGGACGCGGUAUCGGCGAAUUGUCAACAAAAUUGGGCGGUGCCUCCUCUUGGUUUUAACGCUUAGUCAAACCUUUUACCAUUAACAUGUUUUAAUUUGCCUAUGUAUAUGUAACGUGUAAUGAGAUUUCGAAAUGCUUUCUAUAAAAAUCUUACUGUGAUUACGA